AUGGCUUAUGCUGCUGUAACUUCGCUUAAAGGAACACUCCAUCUACACUUCUUGCAACCACAACCACGCUUGCCUCUUCCAGACAACCAAGAGAUACUUAAGUCUCUCCAUCAAAAUCUUGAUUUCCUCCAACAAGUUCUUGAGAAAUCGGCGAUUAAAGAUUUUGAGGCAGAGAUGAGAGAUGUAGCGUUCAAAGCUGAAAAAGGGAUUGAGAUGGAGUUGACUACCAUUUAUCUAGCAAAGGGUUUGACGAAGCGUAAUCAUAUAAAGGCUUCCCUCAAAAGGCUUCGUGGAAUCUUCAAUGAAGCAGUAAAACAGACUGAUUACAUCAAGAAGAAGUUGAUUAAAAUGAGUGAAAAGCAGCUAGCAAAUGGUCCAUCACAAGAUGAAAUGAUGCGACGAAGAGGACUACUCCUUGGUUCAACAUCAUCACAGCCCGAUCCAGAACGCGAGAAUAAUAUUACUGUGAGUAAAUUUUCCAAAAACACUUCAAUGAAGUUUGACAGUAAAAUGGUCGGAUGCAACAAGGAGUUCAUGACGAUAAUGGAUCAGCUCACCCGACAAUCAGCACAACAGCUACAAGUUGUGUCAAUUGUAGGCAUGGGAGGAAGUGGCAAGACCACAUUAGCUUGGAAAGUUUAUGAAGAUUCAUCUAUUACUUUACAUUUUGACAAACGAGCAUGGGUUACUGUAUCUCAAGAGUAUAACAAGGAACAAAUGCUCCAAUACCUUAUUGGUUGUGUUAAUGCAGCAUCAACAGAUGAACUUCAUGAACAGAGCAAUGAUCUCCAUGAACAAAGACAAAGAAAUUCCAAAGAAAAUCUGCGUAAACUGUUGAUGGGUCAGAGGUAUUUGAUAGUGAUGGAUGAUAUAUGGAGCACUACUGCUUGGGAUAGUGUGCAAGGAUGCUUUCCAGAUGAUAAUAAUGGAAGUCGUAUACUAUUGACUUCUCGGCUCAAAGAGGUGGUUGAAUAUGCAAAUUCAGAAGAUUAUGAAAUCCCUAGGGAUUUUUCGAGGGAGUGA